GUCCGGAUACACUUUCCGCGGUCCGCGGUUAUGGGAAAAGCUUCGUUCGUGUGGUGUAUCAAACCGUUCGAAACUGGUUUCAUUAUCUGCUGCCGUUGCGUUUUUGCUCGCUUUACGCCGCUGUUCGGAAAGAACCCGACCCAAAAAGUGAGCCAAAUCGGUGUUCGCUGAGGAAAAUUUACGGUAGCGUUGUUUGCAGUGAAUGGCGCAAUGCCACACAGUGGGUGCUUUUUUAACCUUUCCAUUUAUUCCAUCCGUCUCAAAGUUUGGUCAAUAAACGACCAAUAACUCGCUGAGGGAGAAGUAACGGAAAUAGAUAAAUGGAUGGAAAAGAACGUCGUGAAUGAAACAAAGGUAGAUCGAUCGACCGGGUAGCAGGGCUAGAGAAGGCUACGUGCAUAAUCGGUUCGAAAUACAAUUAUGAAUAUAGCGAUUAUGAAGCUUUACGUGACAGGUUGCUGCUAUCCAGUUGUGCGUGAAACAAUCGCGUUGGAGUGAUUUUAUUUUUAUAACAUCCCCUGAGGUCAGCCAAGCAUGAAUGCCGAAGGUUCGUGAUGAGUGAGCCACCACCGAUUGUAGAAGUCGCUGAAGAAGUUAAAAAAUGGACAUCUGUUUAACCUGGUGAAAUGGGAUCAGGUACCUACGUUCAGUUUCAUUUCGCUUCAGUUAAAUGACACUUUCUACACACAUUCAUUCCAUGCUGUGUUGCAGUUGACCUAGUGAAACCGUUUGCCAUUUGUACUGUAAAGAAAGUACGUUUUAACGACCGCCAGCUGAAGCUCGUUCGUUGUUUGGUUUCAGCAGGAAGCAGAAGCUUCUCACCACUGCAAUUUUACGUGAAAAAGCAUACUUACAACAACCCGUUACAUGAAACUACAGUGGCACAAGAAGUACCGAAGAGAUCCCAUUACGAAAAGAGGCACAGCCAAAUCAUCCAAGCACACUGUGGUAGCGGUAGCGAACUGAGCGGUUAGAAAAGCAAUAGUGCCGCGUUGUGUGCAUGUGGUGUGAAUGCUUUUGGUCAUAACUGCGGCGCCUGUUGGUAAACGUAAUGUUCGUAUGUGUAUGUGCGAUCUCAGCAAAGUUCAUGAAACUUUUUUCACUAGAUUUCCGAUCAGUAACAGCAGGGAUUGUAAGUUGAGGGGAUUACGUCGCUUGUUGUUUAUGAAGUGAUUGUCUUCAAGCUUCGCCAGAGUCGCUUGUACUACGUGAGUGUUAGCGGUGAGGAAAACAAUUCAAGCGCUUUUGCACACACACACAGCUAGCAGUGUAUGUGUAUGUGGACGGCUCGUUUGUUAGAAAAGAGGGUCUUGGCAGGCCCCAAUUGCGUACCCACCGACACAGUAACGGUGCAGAUUGUCCGGAGAGCGAAACACGAAAGAAUUGCUGUUGGACAUGAUGUUGGCGAUGUUAUUACCGGCGCCCGAAGGCAAUUAUAUCAUCUUACUUCACCGUUGUUACAGUAGUUGCCGCUCUCCCUUUCAUUAGGUGUGAUAGCCAUACAUAGUUCGUUCGAUGAAUUUAGUGGCGUCGAUAGUGAAGUGUUGUGAAGAGAAUGGUCAGUUGUUGUGGAGAGUACUGACGUACUAACGCGAUAAAAUAGCGCACGCUGGCAGAUAUACUGAUCAGGAUUCCUGAUCAGAUAAAACUAAACGUUGAAUGGGUGAAUCCAGUGAUAAAACACACCCAUCGUCUACCAGCAAGCUAACGUCGCAGAAAGAAUUCGCCAGCAAGAUGCGUGUCGGCGAGGAUGAUUUGCCAAGUCUCGAGUACAUCGAGGAUCCGUACAUACCGAAGCUCGAUCCAAACUGUUUUACUCCCUCGCUGGACGAAGUGUACGACAUUGACGAGGACGAUGGACUUAUCGGUCACGAAGAGCAGCAUUGGUCCGAUGAAACGGAACUUUACCUGCGCUCACUCACGCUCGAUCAAAUACUAGGCGUACCGUCCGACGAUGAAGACAUCGAUCCCACUUCGGAAGUGGAGCUGCAAACCGUCGAAACGGAAUUUAAUCCACCUUUGUCGUCGGACGAAGGCGAUACAACCGAACAUCCGUCCAGUCGCGUCACUCGAUCGCCCGGCAAAGAUCCUGCCGAUGAACGGUUAGGGGUGGGCAUAUGUUUUGAACCGGUCGGCCAAAAUCAAACAUCCAGCCAGUCGAGUAGUGGAGGAGGCGUGGUGCGAAAUAUACUAGCCAGCAAACUACUUCUCGGCAGUGCAACCAACAGGCGCAUUCGGGCACUGUUCAAUCGGCGCAAAAUUCGGGACGUGCGGGUCACGUUCAUCGAUUUCUCGAAGCCAUAUCUAGCGCGUAUCUCGAGUGGUGAUAACUACAAAAGUUUCCUCAACAUUGGGAGUGCUCCAGACAAUUCUGGUAAAUUGUCCGAUGCAUCUCCAGUUGGAUCCAUCAGUUCGGCUGAAAUCGCGAACGAAUUUUCCGGACUAUCAGCCGAAGAGCAAACCGCACAGCGUGAGGAAUGGAGUCAGGAGCUGGCACGUGUUGAAGAAGAGAUCACAACACUGCGGACGGUGCUUCAAUCCAAAAUGCGCCAUGCCAGCGAGCUGAAGCGGAAGCUAGGGAUCACCGUGUGGAAGGAAAUCACGGACGAUGUCAGCCAGGGAAUUAAAAACGUCAAGGAAAGCAACGUUUAUCAAAGCGUUGAAACGAAGGUGGGAGAAAUCACGACCGUUGUUACAAGUGCGCCGAUCUAUCAAAAAACUGAAAGUGCGAUCAAAACGACUGCUGGCAAGACGACAUCUGUGAUCGGUGGCAUUGCUGGAAAAAUGACUCAGAAGUUAACGGAAAUGAAGCAGUCCGAUUCUUUCCGGUCAUUCGAAGAACGAGUUGGAUCGGCGUACGAAAAUGUUAGGUCGAAGGUUUCAUCACGCUCCAGUUCGGUGCAAAGCUUGUCUGAUAUUCAGAACGAUGAACGUCGCAGUUCUGUGACUACGCCAACCGCCAUCCCAGAGGAGAAGCCUAUCCCCUAAGCAUAUUGCGGCUUAAAACGGGAUGAGCUGUGCGUUCGCUUUUUGUGCAAAUGAUCAAUGUCAGGAAGAUCACGACAUCGUAAUGGCCCGUUUAAAGCACUCUAUCGCAGGCUUACAAGAGUCGUAGAAUAUGUAACCCCGGUAACGGACUAUUCUUUCCUCUUUUGUACAGCUUCAUUGCGGUUCCAUCUAUCAUGUGUGCUAUUUUCUACAAUUAAUGUUGCUCGUCAUGAUAAUCAGCCUUACAACUAAACUACAGUCAGAUGCAAGCAGAUUGGUACAAAAGUGGAUACAGGAUAGAAUAUCCAAUGUGUCGUUUUCCUUACAGAAUCUUAUUCGUUUCCCAAGAUAAUAACGCUACUUGAGCAGCAAAUGAAUGUGCGCCUUUGCUCUUACAGUGACAGUCACGUGGUAUCGUAUUAGGAUGAUAAUCGGCGCGGCGGCGCCUCUUGAAGCAGCAUGCGCCUCGUUAACACGUAACUAAUAAUAAAUAACAAAAACCACACUCUCCUCAAACCCAGCACGACGAACCCAGCAAAUAUGUUCUAUGGCUUCCCAGCUCAUCUCAAUGUUUUGCGGUUUUACGUUUCAAAAUCUGUUGGAAAGCGAAACAAAAAUCAUUACCGGCGUCAGAAGACAAAAACAAUCGCGUUCGAUUUCCCUUAUGUGUCUCGCAGCCGUAGCAAGGUGCUAUAUUCGAUUAGAAAUAAUGAGUAUUGUUACGCAGCAAGUAAAUGCCGCUUUGAAGAGUCUUUGCUUUCGUUUCGGAAGAUGCUAUCGAUGUUAUUCUGUGUGUAAUAUCUACAUAUAUGGUAAGAAAUGAUAUUCCUCUCGUGCUGAGAUGAUAGCUAGGAAAUUUGUAACAUUUUCACACGAAACUACAGGAAUCAUCAAAUCAAGGUAGUGUGUAAUUAUAAAGAAAAACCCUUUUUGUACCAUGAAACAUACACUUAACUGGUGCCUAAAUUUAUACUUUUCCCAAGCGCGAGUUAAGUUUUUGCCGCAACAAAUUUCAUUUGUAUCCAAUUAUGCUAAAAGAAACUGUUCCAACUUUCCCCCCGUAGUGUAUCCCUCAGUAUGAAGCAGCAGACUAGGUAGUGAACGGAUAGAAUAAUAUGUAUUCAACGAAUGUUCUGUUUUGUAUCCACAUGUUUUUUUAACGACACAAGCUCGCUUACGGUUUUGUGAACCCUCAAACUGACCAGAUAAUGAGUUAGGAACAUAUUUGGCACGCAUCCUUGCCAGAAAAGCACAUUUGACCAUGAAGAUGGACGGUGUUUAGUCCCUUGUUUGUACUGAACGAACAUAAAAAACAAAUCUAUAACUAUACAUACAAGCCUAAAUAAAGACAUGGAGGAGUAAAUCUA